UGAACAUUCCUUUCCCUCCAAAAAUGGUUUACGAAAUUCAUUCGAUCGGAUCAUUGUUGUAUAACGUAAGCACAGUAGCUCUUUCAACAGCCAAAAAAAGAUGGCGCCUGGCCUAUAUUUCAAUUAACUUCUCAAACACUUUGUUGUCCAUAAAAGUAUCCAAAAAACUGAAAAGUUAUUCCAUAUCAGAGAUAGUAGCAACACCUUCAUAUACUGCUCUUCUUAUCGACUCGCAAGCUAAUGACCAUAAUGAUCAUUUAGAACGCUUUUCGACCAUUGACCAAACUGAUCUCACAAACUUGGUCAAAAGUAAAGAUCUUGAAAAGCUGCAGAAUUACAAUGGUGUCACAGGUCUGGCUAAAUCUCUUCACACAACUCUCAAAAAUGGCAUUAUUAGCCAUGAUAUAGAAAGUAGGAAAACUGCAUUUGGUUCUAAUACUUAUAAUAAGCCGCCCCCUAAAGGGUUGGUUUAUUUUGUGGUAGAGGCUCUUAAAGACCCUACUAUACUUAUACUAUUAGCUUGUGCUGCUCUUUCCCUCGGAUUCGGUAUUAAAGAAGACGGGGUCAAAGAAGGGUGGUACGAAGGGGGUAGUAUCUUCGUAGCUGUCAUUCUAGUUAUUGUUGUUUCUGCAGUUAGUAAUUUCAGACAAGAAAAACAAUUUGAUCGUUUGUCGAAAAUAAGCAACAAUAUUAAAAUAGAUGCUAUAAGAGAAGGGAGAAGGCAAAAGAUAUCCAUUUUCGACGUCGUGGUGGGAGAUGUUAUAAUUCUUAAUAUAGGUGAUCAAGUUCCUGCAGAUGGUUUAUUCAUAGAAGGUCAUUCUUUGCUGAUAGACGAGUCAAGUAUGACCGGAGAAAGUGAUCAUAUAGACAUUGAUGCGGUCAGGAAUCCGUUUUUAUUCUCGGGUUCAAAAGUGGCAGAUGGGCAUGGUCAGAUGCUUGUGAUAUCAGUUGGGAUGAAUACCGCUUGGGGAGAAAUGAUGAGUUCUAUAACGGGUGAUUCUAAUGAGCAAACACCGUUACAGGCUCGUUUAAAUAAACUCACGUCUUCAAUAGGAAAAGUCGGUCUUGCAGUUGCUUUUCUUGUUCUUGCAGUUAUGUUAAUCAGGUAUUUCACUGGGAAUACAGAGGACGAGGAAGGAAACCGCGAAUACAAUGGGAAACGUACAAGUACAAAUGAUAUCCUCAAUUCUGUGACGCGUAUUUUCGCAGCUGCAGUCACCAUCGUUGUGGUGGCCAUCCCAGAAGGUCUGCCGCUAGCCGUCACACUUACACUUGCCUAUUCUAUGAAGAGAAUGAUGGCUGAUCAAGCUAUGGUUAGAAAGUUGUCUGCUUGUGAGACUAUGGGCUCUGCCACUGUCAUAUGCACUGACAAAACCGGGACAUUGACCAUGAAUAAAAUGAAAGUUACAAAAUUCUGGCUUGGUCUUGAUCUCAUUGAAGACGAUUCUUCAAGAGAUGUAGAUUCUAAAGUCCUUGAACUUUACCAUCAAGGGGUCGGUUUGAAUACAACUGGGAGUGUUUAUCAUUCAGGAACAACACAUGAAUAUUCGGGCAGUCCAACUGAGAAGGCGAUUCUAUCGUGGGCUGUCAUGAAUUUGGGUAUGGAUGUGGAGAAACUGAAACACGGUUCAACCAUUCUACAUGUUGAGACCUUCAAUUCCGAGAAGAAACGAAGUGGGAUUUCUGUUAAGAAGAAUGAAGAUAACACCAUUCAUGUCCACUGGAAAGGAGCAGCAGAGAUGGUGCUAGAAAUGUGUUCAAGUUAUUAUCAGAAAAACGGGGUUACAAAGCCAAUGAAUCAUGAAGACAAGACAUGGUUUGAAAAGAUCAUCCAAGGAAUGGCAGCAAGUAGCCUCAGGUGCAUCGCUUUCGCUCACAAGGAAGACGGGACAGCCUACAAGACACUAAAUGAAGAAGGGCUAACUUUGCUAGGAAUCGUCGGGAUCAAAGACCCAUGUAGACCAGGGGCAAAGGAAGCUAUUGAUGCGUGUAGGUCUGCAGGGGUAGAAAUUAAGAUGAUAACCGGAGACAAUGUUUUCACAGCAAAAGCCAUAGCCACAGAAUGUGGGAUACUCAAACCUGGUCAGCAUGUCACCAAAGGAGAAGUAGUAGAAGGCGAAGAGUUUCGUAACUACACUGACGAAGAGAGAAUGGAGAAGGUUAACAGUAUCCGAGUGAUGGCUAGAUCGUCUCCCUUUGACAAGCUUCUAAUGGUUCAGUGCUUGAAAAAGAAAGGUCAUGUGGUGGCAGUCACAGGCGAUGGCACAAACGACGCCCCAGCUCUCAAGGAAGCCGAUAUUGGCCUUUCAAUGGGGAUUCAAGGGACAGAGGUGGCAAAGGAAAGCUCAGAUAUCGUCAUCUUAGAUGACGAUUUUGCUUCAGUUGCAGUCGUCUUGAGGUGGGGUCGGUGUGUAUACAACAACAUCCAAAAGUUCAUUCAGUUUCAACUUACAGUGAACGUUGCAGCUCUGGUCAUUAAUUUCGUCGCAGCAGUUUCUGCUGGUGACGUUCCUCUAACAGCAGUUCAACUAUUGUGGGUCAACCUCAUUAUGGAUACUCUAGGUGCUCUAGCACUUGCUACAGAGCGGCCUACUAAAGAACUCAUGGAGAAACCACCCGUUGGUCGAGUUGCACCUCUUAUAACAAACGUAAUGUGGAGAAACCUAUUGGCGCAAUCUAUGUACCAAAUAACGAUUCUAUUGACCUUCCAGUUCAGAGGCAAAUCAAUCUUCAAUGUGGACGAGCGAGUCAAGAAUACAAUCAUCUUCAAUACUUUUGUUCUCUGCCAAGUAUUCAACGAAUUCAAUUCAAGGAAGCUGGAGAAGAGGAAUGUGUUUGAAGGCCUUCACAAGAACCGGUUGUUUAUUGGGAUUAUUGGGGUGACUAUCAUUCUUCAAAUUGUGAUGGUGGAGUUCCUAAAAGACUUUGCAGACACUGAAAAGCUGAAUUGGGGGCAGUGGGGAAUUUGUGUAGGAAUUGCAGCCUUAUCAUGGCCAAUUGGUUGGUUUGUAAAAUUAACACCAGUACCGGAAAAACCAUUUCUAGAUUAUAUCAGAGGAUGGGUUAGAUAACCGUCUGGAUGGAUGGCCACAGCCCAGUCCCCAUCCUCGACCAGCAUUACCAUUCUUUACUACUAUAGGGUUAUAUCUUAAAUGGUAUUUUAUUGAUUUUGUCCUGUAAAAAACUUAUUUUUCAAUAAUUAAUGCAUAAACUAUAUUAUUAGUGUGAA